AUGGAUGCGGAAGUGAAUGCUCCGCUACCAAACCGUGACAGUACGCUGCGAACAGGUCCUCUUUGCUGUCGUACCUUGGAUGAUGUGCUCCUCUAUUCCGUGUUAUCUCAUUUGCUGUCCACUGUCAUCUCGUGUCCACUCCUAUGUCCUGCGUGCCAUGCCAUCUCCUCUCCCCAUACCUGUCGCUCCCGCGCCAGCUACUUGGUGAAGCUUCGGCCGGACGUGCCAGCAAGCCGGGUGGACGAGAUAUGCGACUUGGCAGAGAGCAGCAACAGCACGCUUUACACAGGCACAUGCCUCAAACGGUUCAAGGCGCUGUUCAACGGAAUGUUGAUGAGCAUAUCAGGCCAGUCGCUGCUCGCUCUUCUGGACGCAGAGUCCGCCCUCGUGCAGUUCGUAGAGGGUCGGGAUCAGUGGGGUUUGGACUGGAGUUUUCAAACUUCCGCUGUGCAUCUAUCUCUCCUCUUGCUUUCCCCCUUUCCCUUUUGUCAACCCCCGUUCAUGCAACCCCCACCUAUCCCUCCCUUCCUGCAGGGCGUGCGAUGCUCCCACAGCGACUUUUAUUUCUCAGACGGCCGGCUCAACCCCGCCACACGCCGCCCCGCCUCGCGCUGCCUGCCUGGAGUGGACACGGUGGGGGAUGGGCGCGGGGACGGCAUGGCGGACUGCAAUGGCCACGGCACCCACUGCGCUGGCACUGUAGCUGGACUAAUAAGCGGCGUGGCAAAGAGCGCCUUCAUCCAUCCAGUGCGCACCAUGGACUGUGCGGGCAACGGGGCCUUCGGGGACAUCCUGGAGGGGCUGGACUGGAUCGCCCGCCACUACCAGGCGCCUGCUGUCGUGUCCAUGUCCAUCACCAUGGCCACGAGUGCUAGCCUUGACGCUGCGUUGAAAGAGCUCGUGGAGAAAACGGGAAUUACUGUGGUGAGUGGGGAAACGGGAAUGGCUGGUGAUUGUGGUGGUGGGUGGGGGAUUGCUGGUGUGGUGAUUGGUGGGUCGGGAGCAGCAGCGCUAUACCUCGCCAUGCAGCCAGCAGCGCGCCCAAGGGACGUGCGCAAGGCCCUGUACGACACGGCAUACCAAAAAGCGGUGCAGGCAGUGAAGCCCAGCACAGUGCCGCGCCUGCUCUCCGUCAACUUCCGCCCCCUGCUCGUGGAUGUGGCCCCGCGCUCCUUCCUCUCCAUGCUUGAAGGGGCAAGUGCGCGCAUUAGAGUGCUGUUGCUCAAGGCGCCUGCUGCUGAUGUGGUCUUCACUGCCACUGCCACCGAUCCCAGUGUUGCGUCCUUCUCGCCAUCGCGCCUCACCUUCCCUGCGCGCCGCACGCCAGCACCACAGUACAUCACCAUCCAACUCGCCUACUCGCCCAAGUACCUGGAUCGAGCCACGCUGCUGGCCUUCACCUUCACCAGCAAGGACUCCGCCUUUGGGGCAUCCUUGGAGGGAUAUGCUGUGGCAUACGACAAAGAUGUGUGCAAGGCGCCGUGUGGUGUGUGCAGAGCGUGGAGCAGCCCAAGGUGGUGCCGGCCGGUGCAGCUGCCUUUCUAUUACGAGGAUGACAGCAGCAGCCACAACCUGCAUGCCAGAGACGGCUCACUCACACUCCCCAACACCCACUCCCCAACACCCACUCCCCAACACCCACUCCCCAACACCCACUCCCCAACACCCACUCCCCAACACCCACUCCCCAACACCCACUCCCCAACACCCACUCCCCAACACCCACUCCCCAACACCCACUCCCCAACACCCACUCCCCAACACCCACUCCCCAACACCCACUCCCCAACACCCACUCCCCAACACCCACUCCCCAACACCCACUCCCCAACACCCACUCCCCAACACCCCACUCCCCAACACCCACUCCCCAACACCCACUCCCCAACACCCACUCCCCAACACCCACUCCCCAACACCCACUCCCCAACACCCACUCCCCAACACCCACUCCCCAACACCCACUCCCCAACACCACUCCCCAACACCCACUCCCCAACACCCACUCCCCAACACCCACUCCCCAACACCCACUCCCCAACACCCACUCCCCAACACCCACUCCCCAACACCCACUCCCCAACACCCACUCCCCAACACCCACUCCCCAACACCCACUCCCCAACACCCACUCCCCAACACCCACUCCCCAACACCCACUCCCCAACACCCACUCCCCAACACCCACUCCCCAACACCCACUCCCCAACACCCACUCCCCAACACCCACUCCCCCACACCCACUCCCCAACACCCACUCCCCCAACACCCACUCCCCCACACCCACUCCCCCACACCCACUCCCCCACACCCACUCCCCCACACCCACUCCCCCACACCCACUCCCCCACACCCACUCCCCCACACCCACUCCCCCACACCCACUCCCCCACACCCACUCCCCCACACCCACUCCCCCACACCCACUCCCUCACUCACACUCCCCCACACCCACUCCCCCACACCCACUCCCUCACUCACACUCCCCCACACCCACUCCCCCACACCCACUCCCUCACUCACACUCCCCCACACCCACUCCCCCACACCCACUCCCUCACUCACACUACCCAACACCCACUCCCCCACACCCACUCCCCCACACCCACUCCCUCACUCACACUCCCCCACACCCACUCCCCCACACCCACUCCCUCACUCACACUACCCAACACCCACUCCCCCACACCCACUCCCCCACACCCACUCCCUCACUCACACUCCCCCACACCCACUCCCCCACACCCACUCCCUCACUCACACUCCCCCACACCCACUCCCCCACACCCACUCCCUCACUCACACUACCCAACACCCACUCCCCCACACCCACUCCCCCACACCCACUCUCCGAACCCUGAUGAUACCCGUGCAGAUGUGUGCAAGGCGCCGUGUGGGCAGAGUGUGGAGCAGCCUAAAGUGGUGCCGGCGCUGCCCUUCUACUAUGAGGAUGACAGCACUCACUACCGUGACCUGUAUAAUGCCAAGCUUGACAAGUGCCACGACACUGGGCCCGAUGUUGUCUUCCAGUACACCCCGCCCCACAACAUGGUGAGUGCGGCCUGCCUUGCCACCUGCCUCACGGAGUUUGACUCGGUGCUCAGCGCAUAUCAGCGCACCAAGCCAGGAGCUAAGCCUGUGUCCAUCGCAUGCAACGAUGACUCCUGUGGCACCAAGUCCAAGCUCUCAGGCCUCAUCCUCGCUAAAGGCACCACCUACUUCUUUAUGGUGGACGGGUGGGGAGGCGCAGGGGGCAAGUUUGCAAUCAACAUGGUGGUCACCAAGGUGCUCAAGGCACUCGACCUUAAGGCAAUUCGUGCCAAGGCAUUCCAGCCAAUCCGCUCCAAGGCAGUGAGCAGCACAAAGGUGCUCGCCUCCCUGCGGUCUGCACCCCUGGACACCCUGCAGUCCACGCCUGUGCAGACACCAAAUCACACGCAUGGACUGCAGCCCCACCCUCUCCUCCAGCUGCCCACCAACCCCACCUCGUCCCACCCGCCCUCCUCCCACCCUACUUCUUCCGGGUCUAGGGCUCCCGCUUUCUCCUUCGCUUCACCGCACCACCUCUCACACCCACCCCGAUUCAUCUAUAUGAGUGGCAGCACCCCCCUGCCAUUUGGCCCAGCAGGAGGCCCUGGUGUGGUGGUGCCAGGGGAGGGCGUGAGUGCAGCAUACAGUGUUCUGACAGGGCCCUGGGGAGAGUGCUCCGUGUCGUGCGGUGUGGGGCAGCAGCAGAGAAUGGCAUGGUGCGUGGACGCCCAGGGAAUGACGGCCCAAUCACCUCUCGCCAGCUGUCCGCUGCUCCCUGCUGUGCCCACCACCCGGCCAUGCCAGCUGGCACCCUGCACACGUGGUUACUGGGACGUCACGCAGUGGCAGGGCUGCAAUGUGCCGUGUGGUGGAGGCAUCAACGUGCGGUCAGUGUGGUGUGCCGAGACGCUGUGCAGGGCAACAUGCUCGACGACUCCCGCUGUUCCUCCACUCCCCCGCCCACCAACCAGACCUGCAACACACAG